AAACAUGUUCCAAUAACGGGCUAUAUUAUCUGCUGCUAUUUGCAGUUUGCUGUAACCAGGCGCCAGACUGAGCUCGAGCAGAAACCUGCAGCGCUUUCUUGCUGCUCUUCUGUGAUGGAAACGGUCUCAAAAGGAAUGCCAUCUGCAAGGCUGCUGGCAGAGAACAGGAAUCUAACCCUUACCUCAGACACUCCCAGCACCAUGCCAAAGACAGCACAUUCAACAGAACAUCAGGUCUAGGAGGACAGAGGAUGGCAGGAGGUGUGAGGAGGAACACCGAGAUGGGAAAUAGAUUAGCGUUGUAUGUGAGGCUGCUGGCAGUGUUACUGGGUGCUGAUGUGAGCCGGCUGGGCCUGGAAGGUCAAGUUGGGGUCAACGCCCAGAACACAGAGAGAAGAGUACUGACACAUAUCCAUGGUGACAUCAUCAUAGGAGCUCUGUUCUCUGUGCACCACCAACCACCUGCAGACAAGGUCCACGAGCGAAAGUGUGGUGCGGUGCGAGAGCAGUAUGGGAUCCAGAGAGUGGAGGCCAUGAUGCACACUCUGGAUCGAAUCAACGCAGACCCCGCUAUCCUCCCAAAUAUCACCUUGGGCUGUGAGAUCAGGGACUCGUGCUGGCACUCUGCGGUAGCGCUGGAGCAGAGCAUUGAGUUCAUCCGGGACACACUCGUGUCCAACGAAGAGGAGGAGAGCCAGGGCAGGUGCACUGUAGAGUCCGGGAGUCUGUUGCUGCAGUCGAGGAAGCCCAUUGUGGGGCUGAUUGGACCGGGAUCCAGCUCUGUGGCCAUCCAGGUGCAAAAUCUCCUGCAGCUUUUCAACAUCCCACAGAUAGCUUACUCUGCCACCAGCAUGGAUCUCAGUGACAAGAGCCUGUAUAAAUAUUUCAUGAGGGUGGUGCCGUCAGACAUGCAACAGGCCAAAGCCAUGGUGGACAUUGUCAAGAGAUACAGCUGGAGCUAUGUGUCGGCCAUACACACAGAGGGUAAUUAUGGUGAGAGUGGUAUGGAAGCAUUCAAAGACAUGGCAGCAAAGGAGGGGAUCUGCAUCGCCCACUCUGAUAAGAUAUACAGCAACGCAGGGGAACAGAGCUUUGAUAAACUAUUGCAGAAGCUACGAGUCCACCUGCCCAAAGCCAGGGUCGUAGCCUGCUUCUGUGAGGGCAUGACGGUGCGAGGCAUACUGAUGGCCAUGAGACGACAACGUCUGGUGGGAGAGUUUCUGCUGGUUGGAAGUGAUGGCUGGGCAGACAGGUACGAUGUGACCGAUGGCUACCAAAGGGAGGCAGCAGGUGGAAUCACUAUAAAGCUGAAGUCAGCAUAUGUGACCUGGUUCGACGAUUAUUACCUGAACCUGAAGCCUGACGACAACCUGAGGAACCCCUGGUUCCCCGAGUUCUGGCAGCAUCGCUUCCAGUGCAGGCUGAGGGGUCAUCCUCAGGAGAACAGCAAGUUCAACCGCACCUGCACCUGGAGAGAGUCUCUGCGCAAUCAGUAUGCCCAAGACACCAAGAUGGGCUUCGUCAUAAACGCCAUCUAUUCCAUGGCUUAUGGCCUGCACGCCAUGCAGCAAUCCCUCUGUCCAGGAUAUAAGGGCUUGUGUGAGGCCAUGCGACCCAUUGAUGGCCGCAAGCUGCUGGAUUUCCUCAUGAGAACCAACUUUACUGGUGUGUCUGGGGAGGCCAUCCUCUUUGAUGAGAAUGGAGACUCACCUGGCAGGUAUGAAAUCAUGAACUUCAAGCGCACAGGCGAGGAUGAGUACUCUUACAUCCAUGUGGGAAGCUGGGAUCAGGGCGGCCUAAAGAUGAACGAUGAGGAAAUCUGGAGUAACGACAGUGACAUCAUCCAGUCAGUCUGUUCUGAGCCCUGCUUAAAGGCACAGAUCAAGGUGAUCCGUAAAGGAGAAGUGAGCUGCUGCUGGACCUGCACUCCCUGCAAGGAGAACGAGUUUGUGUUUGAUGAGUACACUUGUCGAGCCUGUAUGCUUGGCUUCUGGCCCACAGAUGACCUCACUGGUUGUGAGCCGAUCCCGGUGCAGUAUGUGCGUUGGGGGGAUCCAGAGCCCAUCGCUGCGGUGGUCUUCUCCUGCCUCGGCCUCCUGGCUACACUUUUUGUCACUUCUGUCUUCAUCAAAUUUUGGGACACUCCUGUUGUGAAGUCAUCCAGUCGUGAGCUCUGCUACAUCAUCCUGGCUGGAAUAUGUCUGGGCUACCUGUGUACUUUCAGCCUUAUCGCCAAGCCCCACAUAAUCUACUGCUACCUCCAGCGGCUGGGAAUCGGCCUGUCACCCGCCAUGAGCUACUCCGCGCUGGUCACCAAGACCAACCGUAUUGCACGGAUCCUGGCAGGCAGCAAGAAGAAGAUCUGCACCAAGAAACCGCGCUUUAUGUCCGCCUGCGCACAAUUGGUCAUCGCCUUCCUACUCAUACUGCUGCAGCUUGGGAUUAUUGUGGCGCUACUUAUCAUAGAGCCACCACAGGUGAUCUAUGACUACCCGAGCAUCCGUGAGGUGCACUUGAUCUGCAAUCUGACCACUCUGGGGGUGGUGGCGCCGCUGGGCUAUAAUGGCCUGCUUAUCCUGAGCUGCACCUUCUACGCCUUCAAGACACGUAAUGUUCCGGCUAAUUUUAAUGAGGCUAAGUAUAUCGCCUUUACCAUGUACACCACCUGUAUCAUCUGGCUGGCCUUUGUUCCAAUUUACUUUGGCUCCAACUACAAGAUCAUCACCAUGUGCUUUAGUGUCAGCCUCAGUGCCACAGUGGCUCUCUGCUGCAUGUUUGUGCCAAAGGUGUACAUUAUGCUUGCCAAGCCUGAGAAAAAUGUCCGGAGUGCUUUCACAACAUCCACAGUGGUGCGGAUGCAUGUAGGUGAUGCCAAGAAAGCUGCCAAGACCAAAUCUUCCAGCAGCAUGGCCAACUUGUUUCGACGCCGUGGCUCUGCGCAGGACAACAUCAGUUCCAAUGGAAAAUCAGUGACAUGGGCACAGAAUGAGCACGCCUACAGACCAAACAUAUGGAAGAGGAUGUCUUUCCAUGUCAAGAAAAAGCAGCCAGUCGAGGUUAACCAGACAGCCAUCAUCAAGCCUUUCUCUAAAGGAGGAGACACAGCUGCCGACACUGUUGUCACAGAGCAGUAUGAGGAGCAACAGGUGUCUCCCUCCUUCACCUGCUCCCCCUCUCCGUCACCAAGAAGUUUCCAGGGAGGAGGAGAUGGAGAGGAGGAUGCUCUACCCACCUUUGUACCUGAGCACCCAGCUGGGGUGAGAAGAAGAGGUGGGGAGCAGGGUGCUGGUAUGACGGAUGGUGGUGACAUUAGUGUCAUAGGCGUGGGCGACAUCGGGAUAGGGAUGAUUGGCAGCCAAGCUCAGGGCACCACUAUCAUGGACCAAAUCAGCUGUGUGGUUAACCGUUUUACUGCCAACAUCAGCGAGCUGAACACCAUGAUGCUGCCGGGGGGAGUCAGCUCCUCCUCCACCACCGCUCUGCCCACAUCUGCAGAGGCCGCCCCCUGCCCUCCUCCGUACCCCCCGCCCAGGGCCAGACAGGCCCCCUCCACUGUCACCACAUACGCCGAGGUCGCAGCCGUCUCCAAUUUCUGCGAGAAUCGACCGGCAGGCAAGAUUUACGAGCACCUGGCGGGAACUUGCGUGAGUAGCAGGCGAGCCAAGGAUAUGGAGGAGCUGGUGGCUCUGACGCCUCCCUCCCCGUUUAGAGACUCAUCUCUGAGCUCCAGUGGCAGCUCACCCCCCUCACUGUCCCCAACCUCUGAGGCGGAAUAUGGCCAGCUUCUGCUGAGACACUACAGCCAGAGCUCGUCCUCCCUCUAAACCAGCUCUUUCUGCACCUUUUUCUCCUUUUUUGUCCUCUAUAAAGACACAACUUCAAACUGGACUCUUGGAUGCAUUUCUACUUGUGGAUAUUCUGGAUUUUUUUCUGGGUCUCAUAUUUAUUUUCAUUUUCAAAUUGGAUUGAAAGCGCCCACAUAUGCCUCAUUCAUUGAGAGGACUAAGGGAAAAGUGGCAAGACUAAAUACUGAAACGAAGCUGAGCAGUGUCAGUGCUUCAUUGUCUCCAAUUGAGUAAGAAAACUUGAAAAACUGGAACAUGCAUAUGGGCAUUUUACAGACUUUUAAAAGCUAUUCUGACACAAGUUUCAAACUCGGUUUUAAACUUUUCAAAUUCCAAAGAAAAUAAUAAUAAGCUGAGAAAACAUAUGUAACAUUGCCUAUUAAGUUUUUCCCUUUUAAAAUGGUUAUCAAUUUACCAAAUAUUUAUGUUCAGUGUUUCUUUUCAUUAUAACUCAUAUAGUGAAUCUGAAAAUGCCCUUUUUUUCUUAAAGAUAAGUAUAACAUUAAAAAAUAGUUGUAUUUCAGUUGUAUAUUUUGCAUCAAACAUUAUCAUAAACACAGAAAGCCUGAUUUGUUUUUAUGCUUACUGUAUAUUAUUGGUGUUUACGUUCUGGAUGCGUACUGGAUGUUUCUGUUACUGACAAAUUGCCCUGAUCUUUAAUCAUUUUGAGGCCAAUUGUAUCAGUAUGAAGCCAUCUCCCCAGAAGAAAAAAGCUUUGUCAAAAAUCAAGAAGUCAAACAUGUCACCUUUUACUGCCCUUUGAUUAGUCGUUAGUUGCGGAAGACAUUGAGCAAGCGUUUUCUAUCCUGAUGCUAGAGGAGAAAGUGCCACAUAAUGUGAAUCAGGAAGCAGGUUUUUCUGUUAGGAGAGUUUUAAAUGACCUUUCCUUUUUUUUUUUUUGGAAAGAAAAACGUUUGCUGAAAAUGAAACCCCCUCCCGUUCUGAGAGGACAGGAGCUCUUUACGUCUCAAGGGGAGUGUAGGACAUUGUCUUAAUGGGCACAACAUCAUCAGGAGUCUAACCCACAAAGAGCUUAUGGACUACUUCUUUAAUUAUUUUCUCUAGAUGUGACUUAGCUGAAUGUACGAUAAGUUGUCAUUUGAAGUGGACCAAAAUCAUCUUCCACCUCAGGAUGUGUCCGAACCAAAAUACUUUCUGACUCCUACCUGCUGAACGAGCGUCGUCAUCUGUUGCAUGAUGUCAAGAAUUGGUUGCACUCUUAGUUAUAUUUGUAAUGGAUUACUUUUUGAUAUUGUACAUGUGAAACCAAUAAGAUGAAUAGCUACAGUAGCAAAGUAUAACAAUACUACCAGUGUGUGUAUAUUGAUGUAUUUUUAAGAUUAGUUUGAGGAGGAGAAGAAACUGAAAGUGUGCCAGAUUUUAUCAGACAUCUGUUAUGAAACACUUGUCUGGCUUUUUACCUACAUACAGUAUGUGCCAAUUUCUCCCUGCAGUAAAUGACAUUGUGUUUCUAUAAACGGGCUCAUGUUUCAGGCAUUAUAAGGAGGAUAUCAUUUUUUAUAAUAUUUUAUGACAAUGUUAUUUCUUAUGCUUCUUAUUCAAUGAAUAUUCUUGUUUUUGUAUCUGCAUUUCUUCCUCUCUGAGGGUGUAGAUGAAUGACAGUAUGGAUUGUCAGGCUAGCAGUUGUAACUGAUGAUGUUCAUGUCUGAGCUAGCUUAUGCUUUUUUUAUCAGUCCUUUUUUUGUAUGUUUGCACAGGCAGGAAUGUGUUCAUGUUUUUUGAAAUGUGCAGUGUUUUCUACUUUUGGUGUAAAAAUCAUCAUAGACAGUUGCCAUAUUUGCAUGCAGGUUUGUGCCAAUUUUGCAGGUGUAUACUCCACUUUUUGUCAAUAAUUCACUGAUGUAAUCUACAGGAGACGUUUCUCUCGGUCUUAUCUCUUCAUUGGCCUUUCAGAUUGCCAGAUUUUACAAUUUACACUUGUGCUGCAUUAAAGGUUUCCAGACGAAAUCCAAUGCAUUCUCCUACAGGUGUUUGUGAUUCUUUGUAAAUACUCUUUAUAGACUUCAUUCACAUUCUUAAUCUCAAUUGUAGGAAUAACACAAUAUUCAAAAAACAAAAGUAUAACAAUAACUGGAAGAAAGUGUCUCAAAGUGACCCCAUACCAUAAUGUUUUAAGGAGUCACAUUUCUGUUUAAUGCUCCAAAUUGAAACGUGCAGCUGUAGUUAUUUUUACACUUCCUAAGUCGAUGUUACUUAUGAACCUUCUCUAAAUAAGAAGAUAAUUGUGUCAAAUCACAGUGCGAUAAUUAAUAAACCUUUUGGGAAAUAGGG